UUCGUUUCGUUCGUGGUGCCUGGUGAUAGUUUCGCCGGUUUGAUAGUUUGAUUCACGAGAAGAAGUGAGCAUCAAUAUCAUGGUUCCUCAUGGUGUUUUUUUUUAAGUGGUUUUGAUUGAAUCAGGAUAUUUUUUAUGAUUGUUUUGUUGUUGUUCAACAUGUAUUCGGUAAUUCAAUUUGACGAUAGUGGAAACAACAGCGUGGCUGUUGUCCACGAAUCGUGGUUAACCCCCAUGAAAACGGAAGUGUUUUGGCCGCCAUUUAAAGACACUAGAAAUUACAAGCGUGCCCUGUGUGGUGGUGAAGAAGCCAUCGAUACUGAGAGUUGGAAGCUCUAUGGCAUAAACAGAAUAUUUUAUCAAACCAAUGAACUAGAAAAAGCCUUCAAAAAAGAAAAAGAGGCUGAGAUUACAAGUGACUUGGCAGAUACUGAUGUAGACUUAUUAGAAAAAGAGGCACCAACCAGGCAAUCCAGGAAAUAUGUAAGAAAAAUUAUAGACAGCAGUGAGAGUGAGGGAGAGAGUCAGUAUCCUAGACCACCUCAAAUCAAAAUUAAAAAGCUUUCAGGUUUCAUUGAAACAAGACAACUGCAAAAUUCUGGAAGCAAGCAUACUCCCGAACAAACACUGCACCCAGCAGUUCAGCACUCGAGUAAUCAAAAGGGGACUCUUAUUACAAAGACAAUACAGCAGUCAACUUUGAACAAACAAUCCAGAGAUUCAUCAGAUUGCCCAUCUCAAGUGAGCAGCGCAUUCUCAGAUUCAGGCAAAAAGAUUGACUAUGAUGAUAUUGUUUCAGCUACCAAGACAUUCAUUUCAUUGCUAGGUCAGAUAAAAGAGCAGAACAAUUUGAUCUUGGGUAAAUUGGAUGAGGUUCAGAAUUCUCUAUCUGGUAGAGGAGCUCCGACAGACACAAUUAGUGUAAGAGAUUUAUUUCCAGUACAGAUACCUUUAACCAAAUCAGAUGAUUUGAAGAUUUUUGAAGAAUUCAUCAGCAAGACAGAGAACUUCAACCUUUUGGUUACUCAUUUACACUCUCUGGGAGGGAAAAAUAUCAAGUUGAAGAUUCAUAAGAUACUGAGGGCGUUGCUGACAGAUGAACUAGCUGCAUUCUUCAGUUAUUAUGGAAAACGUUCCAAAGAACCCUUCUAUGAGUUGAAAAUCAAUAAAGCUUUGAUAAGAGCAGUUCAGUCUGAUAAUGUCACCAUUAGUGAUGUUGAAGACAUCAUCAAAUUGUGGUUCAAACAUGCACCAGACAGGCUGAAAUCAAGAAAAAACUGAUUCAGAGGAAUUUAUUCAUUUUAGGCACUGAAGUACCUGUUAAGCGCUAAAAUAUGCUGAUAGUAUUCAUUUUGUUGAGUUCAAUUCCAGAACCUUAAUGUCUAUAAAGGACUUUUGUAUUAGGAAUAGGUAGUAUUUUGUGUAGCCAUUGUUUCAAAACUAGAAAUUCAAUUUUUGGGUCCCAAAUAUUCAUAUAGGUACUUGGUAGGUACUUGUAUCUAUAGUUCAUUUUAUUCACUUUAGAAAGUUUUACCUUCCAUGAAUAGCUUUGAAUUGAAUUUUUGAUCAUGUAUAAAAGAAAACAUGUAGAGGCGAAUGUGGGGAAGAGACAAUUUUAUAGACGAGUUGCUAGAGAAAAUGAGAAGAUAUUGAAUAGUUUAAUGAACAUUGAUGUUGAAAGUGAAAAUGCCACUGAAAUAACAAAACAUGAUCAGCAGUAUGUAGAUAGUCACCAUCAUUAUUUAUAUCCUGCGACAGAUAGUAGUUCAGAAUUUGUACAAUCAGAAAUCAUAUUAGAAUCAGAUAUAUUUAACCAACCUGGAACAUCUAAUGAGGAGGAUCCUCCUCCGCCAAUCAAUUUUUCCCAAUGUUUAUCGGUUAUACCAGAAUGUAACAGUUGCUCAAAUAGUACUACAGAUUUGGAACCACAGUCACUAAGGCAGUGGGCUAUCAAUACAAAAGUUACCCACAGUUCUGUUACAAGUCUCUUAAAAAUUCUUGCUCCUUUCCAUCCUCAACUUCCAUUGGAUAGUAGAACAUUACUAAAAACUCCUAGGGAUAUAGAUUUAAAAAAAUUAGAUAACGGCGAAUAUUGUCACUUUGGAAUUGAAAAUGUUUUAAAAAAAAUUAUACCCUCUUCUUGUUCAGAUAACAAAUUGAAACUCAGCAUUAAUAUUGAUGGAUUACCAUUGUUUUCUAGUACAAAUUUACAGUUCUGGCCAAUUUUAGGUAUGGUAAGGAACUUUGAGAGUUUCCCAUUUGCUAUAGGUAUAUUUUGUGGCAAAUCAAAGCCAUGUCCACUCAAUGUUUUUCUAGAAGAUUUCAUCAAAGAAGUUAAUCAUUUGAAACUAACUGGUUUUGUAUUGCAUACCAGAAUAUAUUUUGUUGAAAUAUUAAACUUUAUUUGCGACUCGCCUGCUAAAGCUUAUUUGAAGGGCAUAAAGUCACAUGGUGGCUAUUCUUCCUGUGACAAGUGUUGGGAAUCAGGUGAUUACUACCAUAGACAGGGAAAAGUCAUUCUGAAGGGAACAACAAGUACCCUUCGAACUGAUGAACAGUUCAUCUUGGAGUUGGACGAUGAACAUCACAGAGAAAAGUCACCAUUACUUGAAUUAAACAUAGGCCUUGUCUCAUCAUUCACUAUCGAUUACAUGCAUGCUGUUUGUUUAGGUGUCACAAAAAAACUUUUGGUAACAUGGAUGUCAGGUGGGCUACAUAUUAGAUUGAGGAAGCCCAGGAGUUUAUCAGAAUUAUCUUAUUGGAAAGCUACAGAGUUUCGUAACUUUUUAUUGUAUUUUGGUCCAUUCGUUCUUAAGGGUAAUGUGGAGACAUCAGUAUUUGAACAUUUUUUAUUAUUGCAUGUUGGCAUUUCACUUUUAACUUCAUCAAAGCAUUUAUCAAAUUUUGGUACUGAGAAUGCUAACAUUUUAUUGAAUUCUUUUGUGAGACAUUGUGAAUUUAUAUAUGGCUUAGAAUUUUAUGUAUAUAAUACACAUAUAUUAUGCCAUUUGGCUAAAGAGGCUGCUCUGUAUGGUACUUUGGAUUCAUUUUCAGCUUUUCCAUUUGAAAACUUUCUAGGUCUUAUCAAGAGUUUUGUUAGAUCUCCAUUGAAACCUUUACAACAAAUUUAUCGAAGAUUGAGUGAAAGAAAUUUCAUCUAUGUGAAACCACAUUUUGAUACAAAAUUAUAUGGGGAACAUGAUAGUGGUCCCAUGAUAGAAAUGAUUCAUGCAAAGCAAUUCAAAAAAAUUGUCUACAGGAAUGUAACUUUCACAAGCAAAUCUUAUUCAUGUGCAGAUGCUUACUACAUGACAGAAGAAGGUAUAGUUGUAGAAAUACAUAAUAUAUGUAGCACUCUAGAUGAAAAACUAUUCAUGAUUGGUAAACAUUUUUUGCCCCAUUAUGAAUCAUUGUAUACUUACCCAAUAGAUUCUAGAGAUUUGAAUAUUUAUGUUGUUAGUAAUACUAAUUUGUCAGGAUUACAAUCUUGUGAAAUUUCUCAGUCAAUGACGAAAUGUAUGGUUUUUCCUAUAAAUAAGAAUAGUUAUAUAUCCCUCCCUUUGCUUCAUACAGCGUGCAGCGUCUGAAAUCUUGUAUCUAUCAUUUUUCUCUGAUAGCACAAAUUUAUAUUUGUCAUGAAUUGAUAACCAGGCAAACUGUUUCAUUUCAUAAUUUUAAUUUGUACAUUUAUGAAGUGUUUUGAAUAAAUCAUUUGAAAAUUC